AACUCCAGCUCGUCUUUGCUCAGAGAGGCAGACCUCAUGCGCCACGGAGGGGGCCCAUAUGUUCUCAGGAUCCUGCACCGGCCUCUCCAUCCAGAUGGGCCUGAUCAUGGAGUUUGUGGAGAGGGGGUCCCUGGCGGCCCUCCAGGACCGUCUCUCCGGCACCCCACCCUGGCCCUUGUCCUUCUGCCUUGCCCACCAGGUGGCUCUGGGCAUGGACUUCCUUCACCGCCUCCACCCGCCCCUGCUGCACCUGGAUCUGAAGCCCAGUAAUGUACUGCUGGAUGACAGCCUCCACGCCAUGCUGACAGACUUUGGCCUAGCAAGGGUUUACCACAGCUUUUCCAAGGCAACCAUGAAGGACACAGGAAAUGAAGGAGGUACAUUAAGUUACAUGCCACCAGUGGCUUUUGACAUACUGACUGGAUACCUAGAACACAUCAAGCCCACCUUUGCGUCUGACUGCAGUAAGCUGGCCCUUGAUGACAUGGUCAAUCUGUAUAACAGCACUCUGAGUAAAACCCUGAACAUCCUUGCCCCUGAAAAAACAUGUGAAGUAACAUUCCAACGCUCGUCUCCUUGGUUCACUGAUGAACUGCGCAGAAUGAAGACUCAUGGCUCCUCAUCUGAGCAGUGCAAUCGCGUCUCAGAUUUCUUCAUGACAAAAAUGGACACCAUCAGAACAAACAUCACGGCCUCUAAGACGACCUGCACCUGA